UGACACUGGCCCAUCCUCUGUCACCCUUCUAAACCUGCGUUCCGCGCCGAGCAAACAGCUCCGUUCUCUCUCCUGUCCCCGUGAGGAUGAAAGGAAGAGACGUCCUGGCAGGAGGCUGUUUGGCACUUGGGCUGCUUGGGCCUCAGCUUGGCAAGCUUCUUGCAGCGCUUCCUGGUGGCAGCUUGCUGCGGUAGAGAGGCAAUGAAUGGCAACAGGUGGCACAGCACCGUUAGCCCCCACCCUGAACCAGAGACAGCUGGGCUACUUCUCCACCCUCAACUCGUUCAGACACCGUGAUGAUCCCGGCCUAGGUCGCUCCACUGGCAAAUGCUGAUGGCUGGGCGCUAGCCUGUCUGUUCUGCCCCAACCCCUCAAAUCUGCUCUCGCCCCGCUGCAGCGCGAUGGUCCCGGGCUCCGGCCGCCCCCUGCCCCUGCUGGCCGCGUGGGGGGCGCUGUGGGGGCUCAUCACAGCCGAGUUGCCCAUCACCGCUCGGUUCGGGGGGGACGUCACCCUGAGCUGCCUCUUCCCGUCCCAGCCUGGGAUGAACCUCCAGCGCCUGACCCUCACCUGGCAGAAGGAGCAGGUGGGGACAGAGGCCCUGGUGGUUCAUAGUUAUUAUUAUGGGAAGGACCAGCUGGCGAGACAGGACGAGGCUUAUAGGAACCGGACCUGGCUGGAUCCAGAGGGGCUGGCUCGAGGGAACGCGUCCCUGACACUGAGGGGUGUCCGCAUGCAGGAUGAGGGCAUCUAUCGCUGCCACAUCACCUCAGAGUUGGGCAUCACUUCGGACACGAGACAAGUUACAGUGACUCAAACCGGCCGCUUCCUGCCCGAGCAGACCGGGAUUGCAGGAAAUGCUGCAUGGCUGGGCGGCAGCUGGGUCCCUUUGCUGGGUCUGUGCCUGGUGCUGAUCGUACCGGUUCUCAGAUGAUAUCACUGAAACGCCCCCUGCAGACAAGUCCUGGCUGCCAGCAACACCCGGGCACUGGCCCCGCCAAAGAAUGAGCUGCACUGAGACACCCCUGUGCGCGCAGACUAUAAAUGCUACAUGUGUGCGCUGGACACGAUGGGUUCAGCCUCCUGGCGACAUCUUCCAGGGGACGGGCUCGGGGCUGCUUGUCAGGAUUCCCGGGCAAUGACGUUUUUCUUUGUACAAAGCAGCUUAAUUUAACAGUACGUUUAUUGUCCCUGGGUAAAAUUAGCCUCCAUAUUAACCACUGUGAUAUUCUUAUGAUUAAGAAUAACCUCUGUUUUAGUCACAGGUAUUUUUAGUAAAGGUCAUGGACAGGUCAUGGGCAAUAGACAAAAAGUCACGGCCCCAUGACCUGUCCAUGACUUUAAUUAAAAAUACUUGUGUGACGGGUAUUUGGAUCACA